GUCCGCCUCUCACGCCAUGGCGCCUACAGCGUCAUGGACUCCCUCGAAGGCCCACGUCUUCGAUGUUGUUGUCCCUACGGGGAAUGGUCCCGAGACCGUCGUCGACGCGACGGCCUCAAUAGUUGGCCUCUCUGAGGUCUACUGCGUUCAGCACAUGGGAGGCCUCAACUUCCAAGUCACCGUCAAGAGCAUGGCUUCCAUGACUCUAAUCGUCGAUGCUGGCUGCCUCGUCAUCGGUGGCGAGCGUUGUCCCGUCGGCCCGCAGGUAACCAACGUAACCUGCCUCUUUUUGCCGUCCUUCGUCCCGAACGAAGUCCUCGUCCAGGCACUAUCACCAUACGGCAAGGUUCUGUCUGUCAACGCUGGUCUUAUGAGGGGACGAUGUGGCGUGCUUACGGGCACACGCUUCGUGCGUAUGGAAAUGAGUACCACAACCCCGGUCCCAAAUUAUCUGCGAGUCUCUGGUCAUCGUGUGACGUUCGACUACCGCGGCUUGCAACGCGUGUGUCGUCGGUGCGGUUCCAGCGACCACUACCGUGCACAGUGCACCGCCGCGUUCUGUGGCCGUUGUGGCGUCCAUGGCCACGAAAGCGACGGGUGUGACCGUCCUUGUCGGCGUUGCGGGGAUAGUCACCCUACGGUCGCGUGCCCUGUGCGGCGUUCAUACUCAGACGCUGCUGCUGGAGCCUUUCCACCCUUACCGCCGGCGUCAACUGCGGUUGCGACUGCGCGUGACGCCGUAACCAAAGAAAUCGCACUGACACCAGUGUCGUGGACUCCCCCGAAUGCCCAAGUAAUCGAUGAUGUCCACACGGGGAAAGGUCCCGAGAACAUCGUCGACACGAGAGCCUCAACAGUUGGCCUCUCUGAGGUUUCCUGCGUUCAGCACCAAGUCACCGUCAAGAGCAUGGCUUCCGUGACUCUAACCGUCGAUGCUGGCUGCUUUGUCAUCGGUGUUGAGCAUUGUCCUGUCGUUCCCGUCGGCCCGCAGGUCACCAACGUAACACGCCUCUUCUUGCCGUCCUUCGUUUCGAACGAAGUCCUCGUCCAGGCACUGUCACCAUAG